GGUCCGUGGCAGUGCUGCCUGCUCCCUACCUGUGCCACCACCUAUAUGUGCUUGAUUGGAUUACCAAUUUGCUAUGGCGCGCCAUCAUAAAGAUAAACAACGUAUCAAAAAAAAAUAUCAUGGUGGUCAAUCAUACUAAAUCCUAAUAACAAUUUGAAACCAGCCAUGUAAUUAUUUAAGUGGCACGUUCGCGUCGGGUACAGGCGCAGCGAAAAUUUGCGCAGGGGGCUUAUAUGCCACCUGCUGCGGUCGCCGUUGUCACAACCGACACUCGGCAAAAUACAGUCCAGGAUCCCAACGUGACCAUAAACCACGUAUCCGCGACAAGCUUGCUAGACACCGUAGCUAUGGAAGGUCUCCACACACAUUUACAACCUGUAGUGCUGCUGGAGAGGCUUCGUGGUAGGAAACCGAGCAGCGACGCGCCGCCGAGCCCCGCGCCCCCGAGCCCCGCGCCCCCUAUUUGUGCACCGCCCCCUCCUGCUUCUCCUGCUCUCCCAGUGUUACCGCGCACCAAAUUAAAUAUAAUGGUCAAAAUAAAACACACGAUGUCACUGCGCACACGACGUAAACCGACGAACAAGUAUAGAGACUCCGAAAAGUUUGUCGUACCUCACAACUCUGGGAAAAGACGUACAACGAAACGGAGAUUGACGAAUCCAACCAGUAAGAGUUCGCAUUCAAAAAAAAGUCGUGGGGAGCCUUCAGAAUUUUCCUUGGAAGACAAUCAGCCGUUAACAAUAUAUUUUGGCAAGUGCAAUAGCAAGGCAAAGGCAGAGGCGCCGGUGCAGGGAGCGGCGCAGCAGCCGGCUCAGGAUCAGAUGCUGCAGGCUGCUCAGGAGCCGGUGCAGGCGCCGAUGCUGGAGGCUGCUCAGGAGCCCCCACCGAACCCGAUGGACGAGUCGAUGCAGCCGGUGCAGGAGCCGGAGCAGGAUCUGAUGCAGGAGGCGCUGCAGCAGCCGGUUCAUGAGCUGGUGCAGCAGCCGGUUGAGGAGCCGGUGCAGCAACUGGCUCCGGAACCGGUGCAGCAACUGGCUCCGGAACCGGUGCAGCAGCCAGCUCAGGAACCGGUGCAGCAGCCAGCACAGGCUCCGGUGUGGGCACUCGAUGAUAUAAAUCGCCAGAACAGAAGUGAUAACGUCCUGGAAGGAGCUGUCCCGGUUCAGUCGGAGGGAGGAGUGCCGGUGCCGUGUAUUGCGCAGAAGUGGAGAUCUGUGCAGGGCGUCAUCAAUGCCACUAAGGAAGAGCUGGACUCUCGCUGCAAACAAUGCGCACCCUGUGUACGCAUUGACAAAUUGAUGAAAUUGUCGGAACUGCUCCAUACUCAGCUUGACUUGCCGAACGGCAGUCAUACUAAUGCUAACGACGACAAAAAUGACGAGGCCAUGGUAUCACCGGACGCAGACCAAGGCCAUCUCUAUCUGGACCUGCUCCCGAAACACCCCAAUGUCGUGAUGAAGAUCAACACUCACAUUGUACAUGGGAAAGAACUAAUGUCUGCAUGUUUGAUACCCAGAAAUGAAUCUAAGACGAACAAGCAAGAGUUUGUGCUGGAAGAACAAGAACAUCUCCUUGAUCAAUUAAUCGAGACUCUAAGUCUCAACAACAAAACCGAUAACCGAGUAACCCGCAGAGCGAGCGUUUCUUCUAUCGUUAGCAUAACCGACGACAGUGAUGACGCCGAAUCUCUAAGCAGAGAGACCGAAGACCAACUGACAGUGCAGAGGAAGAAGAAGCGUCAACAGAGGCCGGCUAAGAAACGCAAUAACAAUUUGCGUGCGCGCGUUCAACAACAGAAACUCAAAGAUUUGUUGCGCAUUGAGGCUAAAGGCACUUCUCUCGCAAGGGGAAAAACCCGCGUGCAGGAACAGGUUGACGAGUCCGACUCCGACUCCGACGACGACGAAGCUACGUUAGAACAGCUUACGCCUCAAGUGCCAGAAAGCGUCACGCCUCAAGAAGAGGGCUUGGAGGUGGGAACGAGCUCCGACGCCAACGCCACUGGAACCGGCGCCUCCCCACAGACUCCUGAAGGUGGCGGUAUCGUGGACGCGCCCAUAUUCCGCCCUACCAAAGAGGAAUUUAAUGACCCUAUUGAAUAUUUUGAAAAAAUUUGGCCAGAAGCGGCUAAAUUUGGUAUUUGUAAAGUAGUCCCUCCUGAAGGGUGGAACCCUACGUGUCGAAUCACUGAUGACCUGAGAUUUGAUGUAUCAAAUCAAUAUAUUCCGCGGUUAUUAAAUCGCUGGGGACCAGCUGCGAGGGAACUUAGUGCUAUUAAGCUUUGCCUUUACCAACAGAGAAUCAAAUUGGUGCGUCCGGCUGUGCUGGAUGGUGUGGAAGUGAAUUUGCCCAAGCUGUACCACACUAUUCAAAAACACGGUGGCCUUGAGAACGUCAUGAAUAAGAAACGAUGGACUAAAGUCUCAGAUGAAAUGAGAUUGCCCAAGCAUCCAAUCCUUGACAAGAAACUAGACAAUAUGUAUGUGAAGUAUCUCCUGCCUUACGACACUCUAACAAGUCAGGAACGACAAGAAAUAUUGGGCAAGGUUGAAAGGGGGUGGAAUAAAAAGAAUCAAAAGCUUUUGGAGCGCGCGAUGAACCCACUGCAUCGCCAGAAGCGUAUGCUCGGCUUGUCUGACAGUUCCGACGAUGAUUCUGAGGACGAGGAAACAGCUCUAGCUAUCAGCGAAGCUGAAGACUGCAUCAUGAAAGGAGCUGUCAUGAACCCUCCCAGAUUUAAAAGGGUCGCUAGACACAUGUAUGAAAAUAUUUUGGGUCCGGGCGCGGAAGCAAAUGGGCCGCCGUCUUUAGAAGAAAUAGAGGAAAAAUACUGGCGUUACGUGACGCAGGGCACUGAGCACCUUUGUGUUUAUACCGCGGCUAUCGACACGGGUGAACAGGGACACGGCUUCACCAAGAACAAGAAUGAGCCUUUUGGCAAACACCCCUGGAAUUUAAAGAUGAUAAGCCAAAACCCCAGGAACAUUCUUCGCUAUCUGGGCCCUGUACUGGGUGUCACUGUACCCACCUUGCACUUGAGCAUGCUCUUUUCAACCAGCUGCUGGCACAAGGACCCUCACACUCUACCUUGGCAGGAGUACCAACACAGUGGACCCACUAGAAUCUGGUACGGAAUUGCAAACGAACAGACAGAUCGGUUCAGGAUGGCAGUAGAGACUGUGUGCCCAACCUAUGCCCAGAACAAGGGUCUUUGGCUAUCUACAGACAUCACAAUGAUCCCUCCCAAUGUGCUGCGCGAACAAAACGUAUGUUUGUCGCGAGUCACUCAGGCAGCUGGAGAGUUUAUAGUUGCCUUCCCGAGGGCGUACACUUGUUGCAUCAGUACGGGGUAUACUGAGUCUGAGAGCGUGUACUUCGCUCCUGUUAGCUGGCUGGCUAAUAUUCACGAGGCUUUCCAGGAAGCGCGCGAGAGUUGUGAACCAACGAUGUUCUCUAUGGAGCAGCUACUGUACCAGAUCGGCAAGGACCCGCGCACCGAAAGGGAUGUAUUGGCCAUACUACAACCCAUUUAUGACAAGAUGCUCCGAGAUGAAGUCACCAACAGGCAGAUGCUGCAGGAACGAGGAAUUGCAUUCGUCAACCAGAACUCGACGAGCAGUAAGCGCAAGCGAUCCGGCCUCGCCUUCAACUCACGCGAGCACGACGAGUGCGAUUACUGCCGCGCCACACUCUUCCUCUCCAAGGUGAAGGGGCUGACAGGUAGGAAUGAGUCGCUGUGCCUUGAGCACGCCUUAAAGUUGAUGGACGUCGGCCGCUACAGCCUCAGAGACAUCAGUCAGUCCGAAGUCCACGUGCUCGUCACUGUAAAAGAACUCAACACGGUCGGCGAUGACAUCAAACGCCGCCUCCAGAACAUCAAAAGGCUGUAAGCUAGUACUACAAAUUUAGCAUUAUAUUCCUUGUUUAGUCGUAUCGCAAAAUGCCCAAUUCGCGAAUAGACUAAUUCUCAAAAGGAAGAAUGUUUCCUCCUGAGAAUUAGUUUAUCAUGCAUUUCAAGCUACAAUUAACAAGUUAGAAGAAUAACCGUCAGUUGCACAAAGCUCCAUUUAAGUUAAACCUUCAUUAAAUCUAUUGUUGACUCUUUUUAUCUUGUUGACAACGAAAGAGUCAGCAAUAGAUUUAAAGAAGCUUUAACUUUAAUGGGGCUUUGUGCAAAUGACGGUUAGUGAUUUUUCGAUUGAUAAAAGUAAGUUAGGAGUAAUAAUUUUAUUUUCUCCACACUUUACCAGUAAGCUGUGCGUAGUUUUUUCUCACAGACAAACUGAUAACGUGCGUUUGUGCUUAACUUCAUAUUUCUGAUUAGGUAAGUCUACUGAGUACAUUGUAGUAUUAACAGUUUAAUCAUUCUUUCUAUAGAGAUUUAGUAGUAGGUUAUUCGACGACAUUAGUGCCCAAGCCAUUAGGUGUAGGUGAGAAAACCCUUAAAAGUGCGUGUUAAGGGAUUAAGCAGCAACUAUACGAAUAAGGUAGGUAAGGCUAUAUUUGGAAAUAUUUGAAAUAAUAACUAGAAAUUUUAAACUGAGCUUAUGUCUAACCUUAUUCUAUUAUGUCUAAUAAUAUCGAUUAGGUAUUAAGGUAAUUGUGUAAUUUGUAUUAUAUUAAGAACCAUGCUUAAAGUCUAAAGUAUGGACUAAUGGCAGGGUACACGGAUAAAGGCAAAAAAAUGCCGCUUACACGGUUCUUGCUAUCUCACUUUUGGGUGCAAGAACAACUUCCGUCUUACCACAAAAACUUUUAAACGUCAGUUUAUGCCUUGUCUAAAAAAAUGUCAAAUUAUGCCGUUGACAUAUGGUUCAUUUUGCAGCCAAAAUUUUAUUAGACAAGCGUAAAACAGGGUUUAAAGUUUUUGUAGUAAGGCCCCUUAUGUUCAAAUUCUCAUAUUUUCUGACUGUGGCCACUGUCUCGAAGAUUUUGAUAUCUAACUUUAUGAUUACAACUUUUUGGAGUCUACUUAGUAAUUUAUUUAUUUGUCGACAUCUGUAUAAAUCGUUAAUUUGUAAUUAUUUAACAGUUUAUAACGUGUUAAUUGUAAAAAAAAUACUAAUAUUAUUUACAACAUUAGGAGACCAAAAUAUUCUUGUAGUUUUUUGAAUUUUUAAAACAAAAAGACUGAUUAUUUUAUAUUAAAGUCUUUUAAAAGACUAAAAUUUAUUGAUCUCUUUAGAAGGUGAAAUUUUGAUUUACAUAAUCAUGUCUUUUAGACUUCUGCUAAAUACAGAAUCUUUACUUUUUUUUAUAUGUUUAAUCCCAAUUAAGUACGCGCCGCUUCAUAUUAUCAUUAAAAAAAUGAAAAAAAAAAAAAUUUUAAUACCUACUGUUUUGGACGGUUUCUCUUAAAUCUAAUUACAAGUAUAAAUUCGGAUUCCUCAGACCAUAGGGGAUAGAUGUUAGGCAUCAUCUUCUGUCAAUGACUCCUUUCAGGUUUUGUGUUCUUCUUCAUUAACUUCCCUUUUGAUCUCCUUGGCUCGAUUGAGUAUGCCUAGAGACUUGCUAGUGGCAACGACAUCUUCCAGCUUCAUGCUGAAUUUCUCACAGAAAGCUCUAGAAAUUAAUUUGGCAUCUUCUACCUCUGCUAAUCUAGUGCUGACCCAAUUGGCUUCCCAAACUCCUGCAUUGCCUUGGGCAAUCUCCAAAAUUCCGGCAAGAAUUGCGCAAAGGUGAAAAUUUUGUUUUGCACUAAACUCCAUCAAAUAGGUGUCAUCAAUGAUUCGAGCCCAGGGGUAAGCCAUUUGCAUGGCAUCUUUGCGGAGGUACGUUUUCAUAAAAUGGAGUAUUCCGUGCCAUGAAGCUGCGGUGGAGUUGAAGAAAAGAGCUCCUCCAAUAGUGAUCCAGUCCAGGGAGAAAUGUAGGGAGACCUCUGUGAGCAUAUGGAAGACUUGAAGACCAUUGUACGCGGUGUGAGUUAGGCAAGUCGCAGCUAAGACAGAGGCUCCCCAUUGCGAGUCGGAUCGCUGCAGUUGUAUCCAGGUCCUUACAAUAUAGGCAAAUAACAAUCUUGGAGGAUUUCAUUUCAUUUCGGUUUUUUUCAGAGUUGCACUUGCAGACCUGAGAAAACUCGUGCAUUCCGCAGUUGUAUAAUCGUGAAUGAGUGGGUUGCUCGUUGUGGUUUGUUUUGAGGAUCCAGGAAGAGGCUUUUGUUGAUGUUUAUGUUGAGAGUCCAGAUGGAUGAUGGACCCAUAGCUUUCAACAACCGUCAAGGGUUUGACGGCAGAUUCCUCAACCUUUUGUGUUUCUUUACCAGGGGCAGAUCUGGGAGUUAUGUAGAAAAGUCGAUCCAAAUCUUCGGUGUCGGUUUUUGAGGGCAACCGAAAAAGGAGGUCUGAUGCUUUCGUGGCGUGUUCUGUUGGCAUAAUACAGAUUGCUCCAGCAAUUAUAUCAAAAGCACGAAAUCCGGUUUCGACUUUAGUUUUGUAAUAGUACGUCCAGACUAUUUUCGAUUUCGUGGUACACGGUAGACUGCACAUCAGUGGUAACUGUCAAGCACCUUAACUCAAUAGUAAUAAGUAUAAGACAGUUACCACUGACCUGUAGUUGACAGUACGUGUGAACUGGCAUAAGUGAGCGACACAAUCAGUCGCUGGCUUUUGUACAUAUAUCGGUACUUUGUGUGGUUUAUGAAUAUCAAGGUAAUAUUUUCCAGUAGUAUUAAAUAUCUAUUAGAAAAUCGUAAGUCGUGACGGCUGCGUAUUUAGCAUAGUACAGAAUUCUACACUCGCGAGCAAAAAUGGAAUCACCCCCUUGCGCUAUACAAAUUCAACGAUUGCCAAUGAUGCAACAAUUUACAAUUAAAUGUUGAUGGUCUCGUUUGAAAGCCUAUACUUUUAGCUUUAAAUUAAUUAUUUUAAUUUAGACAGAAAAAAUAUAAUAUGAAUCAAUCGUAAAUAUUGUAUCAUUGGCAAUCGUUAUAUUUGUAUAGCGCAAGGGGCGAUUCCAUUUUUUUGCUCGGGAGUGUAGUUUGUAGGAAAUGUUACAGCUCGCACAUCGAGCUAAUGUAACUUUAGGAUUAAGACAACUUUCAGUUCCAUUUACGCUUUAUUUCACACAUUUUUCAUUAAUACGUGAUGGCUUCGCCUGGACACGAUUAAUAUGUACUGACAUUUA